AUGGAAUAAGAUUCAAAAUUGAGUUAGUUCAUAUCUCCUAAAUAAGCAGCUUAACAAAUUUUAGAUUUGAGUGAAACUCAAAAAGUGAACGAAUCUUAAUAAAAAAUGAUCCAAAAGAGUAGAAUACAAAAAUUUAGAACUGAAGACUUUUCAUUAAGAAGAAAACUGUAAAACCAAAGUUUUUUUGGAAAAAUGAAAGUAAUCUGUAAAGGGAUUCAAUAAUAUAUUUAUAUAUUACUAGAAGAUCCUAAUUCUUCUUUAAUGGCUUAUUGUUUGCAAUUUCUUUUACUCACAAGUAUAUUGUUAUCUUGCACAGCAAUAAUAGUAGAUUCAUUAAUGGAAAACAGUAUGAUUAUUGUUUUUAAAUUAGAAAGUAAUGCUGAAUAUGAUGAAAUAUCAUUUUAUUUAGAAUAUUAUCUAUUCCUUUUUUUUGGAUUAGAAUACUUAUUAAGAAUGCUUAGUUCAACAGCAUUUGAUUAAAAAUUAAUGAAGUUUGUUUUAUCUCCUUUAAAUUUGAUAGAUUUGCUUGCAAUAAUGCCUUUCUUAUUUAAUCUAAUUUUUGAAGGGACAAGUCUGUCUGGAUUAAGAGUAAUUAGAAUUGUACGGUUUAUGAGAGUUUUUCGAUUGUUUAAACUUUCUAGAUUUAUGAAAGAUAUGCUAAUGAUUGUAAAUAUAUGAAUCACUUAAAAAGGUAGAUACAGUAAAGCAUUCAGCAAAGGACAUAAUAAUCUUAAUCACAAUGUUUUUCUUUUUGGUCUUAUUUUUCUCUAUUAUAAUGUAUUAUUUGGAAUACGAUGAAAACGAGAUUGUAGAAGAUGAAUAAAAGAUUCAUUCAAUAACAGAAGCAAUUUGGUGGUGUAUUGCAACAAUGACAACAGUAGGAUAUGGUGAUAAAGUGCCUUUGAGUGUUUUUGGGAAAUUUAUUGCUUGCAUAGCUGCCUUUCUUGGGAUUACAUCAAUAUCAUUGUAUAUAAGUAUAAAUAAUAGACCUGUUGCAGUUAUGGGAAUGAAUUUGACUUAAACAUUGAAAGAUCAUGAAGAAAAUAUUGAGAUAUAAAAAUUGAAGGAUUAAUUUGUAAUGGAAAAUGAUACAUAAUUAGUUGAUAAUAAAAAUAAAUAGGAAUAAAUUUAAUUAAAUCUUAAAGAAUUAAAAUUUAUGGAAAGACGAUUAGAAUAACUAUUGGAAAAUAAUUAAAAGGUUAUGGAUUAUGUAGAAUAAUCUUAAUAACUAUUUGAUGAAGUUACAUAAGAUUUAAUGAGUUUGUAUUCAGCUUUAACUGAGUAAUUAGAUCUUCAUAUUGAAACAAAAAUGAAGAAUUUAAAAGCUAGACAUCGUGUAAUUAUACAUUUUUUAUUUAUUAGAUUAUGAAAAUGGAAAAGAAUCUUAAUCAAAAGAAAUCUAUUGAAUUGAGUCAAAUUGUAUAAGCUUUUAAAGAAAAAUAAAAGUUAAUAUCAUAAGGUUCAAUUUUAGUAUGUGAAGAAAGUUAAGCUGAUGUUUUUAGCAUUGCAAGUAGAUAAAGUAAAUAAUACACAGCUAGAAAGAGUCAAAAAUUAAGAAGUAAAAAUACAAGAGGAUCUUAUAUGUGUGUUAUUAAUAAUAGUAAUCACAAUCCUUUCAAAACCUAAACAGAUUAUAAUGAUCCAGAUCCUCAUUAAAAUAGUAUUAUCUAUGCUUAGGUAAGUUCAAGAAAUUCAGGAUUUAAUCAAGAUAUGCUCUAAAAUAUUGGAGGAAAUGCUGAAUUUAAAUUCAAUCUAGAAGAAUCAAGUGGCAACAUUGAUGAAGAUGAUGAUAAUGGACUUGAUCUAAGCAGUAAAAUGCAAAGUAUCUCAAAUAUAUAAGAUUUUAAAUUGAAAAAUAGUAUUAAAAAUAAUAAUAUAUGA